AAUCAAACACCCGUUCUCGGUCUUAGGGAAACUUACACAUCUUUACGAUCAAACACCCGUUCUCAGUCUUAGGGAAACUUACACAACUUUACGAUCGGAAGGGUGGGAACCAUAGAAGAGAAAAUACAGCAAGAACUGGAUAAACUUUUGAAAGCAUUUGAGGAUGAAGGUUCGAAUGAGUUUGAUUGUAAACGACUUGUCCACAAUGCUACGUCUAAUAUCGUUUCUGACCUUUGUUUCGGAAAGCAUUAUGAAUACAAUGACCCACGAUUCAUCAGGCUGCUAGACGCAGUAGAGGAGAUGUUUACUGAUUUAGGAGCUGCUAACGUUUUGGAUGUGUUUCCAGCUGUGAGAUUUCUACCGGGAGAUUUCUUUAACUAUAAACGCCUUAUGAGAAACAUCCAAAUACUGGAGAAGGAAGUAGCUAAACACAUUGAGGAACACGUCAACAACUACGACGAAGAUGGACCCGUUGAAGACUUCACUUCCGCUUUCCUCAAAGAGGUGCGACACCGCAAGCAAAGAGACGAGACUUUUGAUGAAAGUCACCUAUCGAUGGUUCUGACUGAUAUCUUCACACCCGGAACGUUUGAUAAUGCCAACAGCAUCAAAUGGUCACUACUACACCUACUGCAUUACCCGGAAGUUCAGGAGAAGUGUUUCCAGGAGAUCCAAGAACACGUCGGGUUCAACAGACGACCCUCCAUGAAGGACAAGACCAGCCUUUCUUACGUAGAAGCCACGCUUUCAGAAGUCCUGAGACACGCAGACAUGGUACCCACAGGGGUGCCACACACAGUCCCCCACGAUGUCCAGUUCCAUGGCUACACGUUUCCAAAGGGUGUCACUAUUAUUCCUAUGUUGAACUCUGUGCUUCAUGAUCCGGCAACGUAGGGGGAUCCACAAAAUUUCAGACCUGAACGCUUCCUUGACCAUGAAGGGAAAUUCCGGAAGAGGGAUGAAUUAGUUGCUUUUUCUCUAGGACGCCGAGCAUGUCCUGGGGAGUCACUAGGCCGCAUGGAACUGUUCCUGGUUCUUACCACAUUGAUUCAGAGGUUCAAGUUCGUCCCUCCGAGUGGAACGCUGCAACCACUGAUAGGAAUAAUGGGCAUUGCCAAUAAUGCUCCCCCUUUCAAGUGCAAAGCCAUUCCAAGGAACAUUUGAGAGGAUAGCCACUGUUUUAGAAUGGUUACAUUGCUUAGCACCUUAUGGUUCCAUGUGAAACGAAUUUUGGUUUUAUUUGAGAAAUUUGAGAUGUCCAAAUGCCAACUUUGUAGUUUAUCUGCGUGUAAGUACAAUAUAGCAUUAUAUGAUAAAACAUUUGUCAUAACGAUGGUCAUGAUAACAAUGUCAAUCAUCAAUGUAUAUUUCAGUAUAAGAGCAGUGUCAGUUCGGAAACAAUAUCUGUCUUGCUUCGACUGUACUGGUUUAACACAUUGUAAAAUGAAAGAGAAUGUGUGCUCCAUUUUUAUUGGUUUAAAAGAGAUAUCAUCCCCGGAAAUAUUUAAGCCAUUACUCUGUGUAUGUAUACUUGGCUCUACAAGUAUAUUUGGCAAUCACACAUUCUGUGACACAUAAAACGUUCAGUUAAGAAACUCCUUUGUAAUUGUAAAAGUGGCUUUUUGAACCUUUUUUGUGUUACGGGCAGAUUAUAGCUUUACAUCAUUCUAUUCAUUAGGAAAUUUGCCAGAUGUGAGGAUUUUAUUAAAUAGAGUUACAUGUAUGGAUGAGAUAUAUCCUUUUUAACUUUUUUAAGUGUCCUCCUGAAAUCCCGUCGCAACCUGGUAUUUCGUAGUUUUCAAAUCUCGUAUAGGAGUAUUGUGACAAAUAUCUUUUAUCCACAGGGAUUUCCUGGGCCUGGUUCUCGC